ACAAUAUAAUCAGCGCAUUAACUGUCCUGAAUUAAGAUGUGUCAUAAAUAUAGCAAACGGAGAUAAACAAAAUAUCGGACUAAACAUUUCAUUAACAAAAUACAUCAAAUAAAUUAUGUUGCCAACAAUGAGAAUGUUUUCCCUGUUUUUGAUGUUACCAACAUUGUCGACAGGAUUGUUUUUACAGCCAACAAAGUGUGACGUUGACGUCGGACCGCAAGGAAGCAGAGAGCCUGCAGUGCGAGAUUUUGACGUCCCACAGGAAUGUUCUAACGGCACGUUUCGUUGGGCGUACCCCCAAAAGACGGUUCACCUGAGGUUUUUGAACCAAUACAAACGACAGAUUUCUGUUUGUAUUCGCAAUGACAUGCUUGGGGAAAUCUUCACUAUUAGAGAUAUAACACACAGUAUAGGAAUGCCUAUGAUCAUUGGAGAUAAGGAGAGUUGUACAAUGAAGUAUCGGGAGGACAUCACAUUGAGAAUUGAUGCUCCAGAAAUCCUAUACUAUGUCGGCUCUAUCCUGUAUCAAGUAUAUGAAGAAUGAUAUAAAUAUAUGAACGAUGAAUGCGUAAAUACUUUCAA